AUGGUAUUUGGGGCGUACAAUGACGGCCCCGUCUCUUCUCUCCCGCAAUGUGCAGUGGGUCGCAUCCAAGUGGACCUCGAGCUUCGCCCCGGCCAGUUCCGGCGUCGCACGGGCUGGCCCAAGGGAGCGGCCAGGUCCACGCGACACCGCAGCCCCCCGUCGAGUCCCCGGGUACCCUCCGGGUCAGGGGGCCCGGCCUCGCCCCUGUGGAGCCCGGCCCUGUGCGCUCCCCUGCACCGGGUGGCCGUGAUAGUGCCGUACCGGGACCGGCGCCUGCACCUCCUCAUCUUGCUCAAAUACCUGCACCCGAUCCUACAGCGGCAGCUGCUCAAUUAUCGCAUUUACGUUGUCGAACAGUACGGCAACGACACGUUCAACAAGGGCGUGCUGAUGAACGCGGGCGUGCGCGAAGCCCUCCGAGACGCGGACUUCCAGUGCUUCGUCUUCCACGACGUGGACCUCAUCCCGGAGGACGACCGCAACAUGUACUCCUGCCCACCCAGCCCCAGGCACAUGUCCGUCGCCAUAGACAAGUUCAACUACACGUUGCCGUACCAGAUGCUCGUGGGUGGCGUGUUCGCCAUCAAGCGGGAACACUUCCUCAAAGUCAACGGCUUCUCCAACCUCUACUGGGGCUGGGGCGGAGAGGACGACGAUAUGGCCUAUAGAAUCAACCACAAGCACAUGAAAAUCAUCCGGCCCCCGGCAUCAGUCGCACGGUACACGAUGAUCAAGCACAUCCACAGGCCAGAAUCGCCGGACAAUAUCCGGAUGGCCCUCGUACGGAUGGCCUGGUACCGGAUGAACCGCGACGGGCUGAGCACGGCCAAGUACCGCGUCGUCGCCAAGCAAGAGCUGCCCCUGUACACCCACGUCCUGGUGGACAUCGGCCACAACCACAAGUGGCACUUCUCUGGCUCGCACAAGCUCAUCAUCAACCUAUGA